CUCCUUGCACCUGUGGCAGGUUGCAGUAUCGCAAGGGCAAUUGUUACAGAGACUUUUUGCAAUCUCUCACCAGAUCUCUUACCUGAGGAGCCCGCCAUGGCCUCGCCGUCCGAUCCUUCAAAGCAGGAGGCUGCUAUGAGAAGGCAAAACAAGGGACCUGCUUAUAAGUUCUUGGUUCCCCUUGUCUAUGCCCCUGUCCUUCCUCUCAUUCGACUGUCGCUGCGGAAGAAUCCUGUUUUGAGGGACCGUUUGUUUACGAUUGUGCUGGCAGGGGCGUUUGCUCAUGGACUUUAUCUUGUUACAGAUCAAUACGAUAUCGAGAGCAAGUGAAUGUGUGGAGCAUGGUUUGAGACAUGUGAUUGCCUACAUUGCUUCUUCAACCAUAAUUGGUUUAUGUACCUUGUGCAGCUCAGAUGUUCUGGUAACUCCAUGAAUAGAUUAGGGCGAUUUUGAUAUUGUAUCUUUCACAUUGAUUUAUUGGUGGUUGCUGCAUCUUAUACUUUUCUUAUUGCAAGUGAAAUAAUUACCAAAUGCUGAAGCUGCUUUUCUAUAUCACAAAUGCUCAGUUAUUUGAAAUCA